UUCCCACAAUGGCGGCGUCGAGAGCGGUGGCCCUCCUCCUCCUGGCUGCUUUCUGCUGUUCUGGGUUGGGUGCCGCAGAGGUCUCACCGUGCCAUCCGCGUAGCUACGGUGCAGACAGCGUAGUGUGUGUCUGCUCCUCUGACUACUGCGACUUCCCCGGCGUCCUCCAGGCAGGUCCUGCGGGUACCUACACCUCCGUCACCUCCUCCAGGGAUGGCCUCCGCUUCCACGUGGAGUCCGGCUCCUUCUCCCAAUCGCCUUCCAAUGCGUCAGUGGUCGUGCACGUCGAUGACAGGUAUGAGUACCAGGCUAUCAUGGGAUUUGGCGGAGCCUUCACAGACGCCGCCGGAAUCAACAUUGACUCGCUGCCCGAAGUCACGCAGGAAGUGCUGCUCAGGUCCUACUUCUCGCCGGAGGGGCUGGAGUACAACCUGUGCCGCGUCCCGAUCGGUGGGAGUGACUUCUCCACUCGCCCUUACUCCUACGAUGAUGUGGAGGGCGAUGUGGAACUCUCCCACUUUAACCUGACUCUUGAGGAUUACCGGUACAAGCUCCCUUACAUCCGUCGAGCCAAAGAACUGAGCGAGAAGGAGUUCAUGCUCUUUGGUUCCCCCUGGUCGCCGCCGGCCUGGAUGAAAGAAAACGGACACUUCAACGGGUCGGGGGGACUUCUGAAAGAAAUGUGGCAGCCUUGGUCCAACUAUUUCGUAAAAUUUGUAAAGCAAUACGAGGCAGAGGGGGCGCCGCUGUGGGGCCUGACAACACAGAACGAACCACUAACAGGUUUUGAAGAAGAUUAUCCAUGGAACACCUGCGCCUGGACUGCCGAGGACCAGAGGGACUGGAUCAAGCAGAGUCUCGGUCCCACGUUGGAGGAAGCAGGACUCAGGAGGCUGAAGCUCAUGGUGCCCGACCACAGCCGCAAUGCCCUGCCCUGGUAUCCUGCCACGAUCCUCGAGGACCCCGCGGCCGCCCUCUACGUCGACGGCAUCGCGAUCCACUGGUACCGUGAUGACGUCAUCGGGGCGAGCGUGAUGGACGAGACCCAAGCCCUCUUCCCGGACCGGUUUCUGCUGUACACCGAGGCUUGCGACGGGAGCUACGCGCCCCCGGGGGAGAGGGUCGUGCUGGGGGACUGGUCGCGCGCGGAGCACUAUGCCUAUAACAUCAUUGAGGACCUGAAUCACUGGUCAACCGGCUGGGUGGACUGGAACCUCGCGCUGGACACGGAAGGCGGUCCCAACUGGGCUUUCAACUUUGUCGAUUCUCCGGUUAUUGUUGAUAAGGAAAAGGGAGAAUUCUACAAGCAGCCGAUGUUCUACGCCCUCGGCCACUUCAGCAAGGUCCUCGUUCCCGGGUCUCGCCGCGUCUACGCCUCCGUCAGCAGCCCGUCAGACACUGUCAGCGUGACGGCCUUCCACAACCCUGCUGACAACACCUCGGCGGUCGUCAUUCUCAAUUCCGGAGACGCAGCGGAGGCCGUGAGCGUGGGCGUGGGCGUGGGCGGCGGGACACACUUCAUCAACGUGGACAUCCCCGCCAAAGCAAUUACGUCACUCCUGUUCGCCCCGCCCGAAGCCGACGGGGAAUCGGGAACAAACAACGGGGUCUUUUAGGAGUUUUAUUAGUGGUGUUGUGAGCACGACCAAGGUAGUUACUGUCCCUCUUGCCAUUACUUAUCAUUCGUAUUAUGACGGAAGUAAAAGACAACGGAUUCGUUCGAUUCAAAAUGGCGACUCUGAUCCAAGCCAAGCUGCCUUCCCGCCUGUCCUUCUGCGACGCCAAGCCACGUAUUGAAGAGCUAACAGUUUCUACAUUUGCCGGAAGGACAGCAAGUGAAAUGAUAAUAAUAAUAAUGAUAAUAAUAAUAAUAAUAAUUAUAAUAAUAAAGAGAAAAAAAAAAGAUUUUUGACCUGACCUUCGCCCCGUCGAGGCAAAGGGCUAGCAGAGAGCGCCCACUCGCCAACGUGACCCAAUACCCUCAGCGCUGGGCAUCGGGUCAAGCUGCCCCUGCGCCUUUUCCCGGACAUGAACGACCGGGGACGAAGGCAGAGCAGGCGGUGGCAGCCUCUGUCUCUGAAAGACUCCUUUUCUGCGAGUCUUAAAGGAGGGACAAGGUCACUGGUUCGCGAGCUGUCGGUUGUAGAGUCUUCUUAUUUCAUUCAGGUCACAUAGGAAGUGUAAUAAUAAUGGUAAUACCCACAAUACCGGAUAUCUUUAAUUUUGCAAAUCAUAACAACAUGGUUUCAUCCUUCCCGAGGAGGUUGCAGGAUGUGAACGAAGCAAGUGACUCCAUAUUCCCAGUUUUUUUGUUUUGUUUUGUGCUUACGAAUCCUGCAAAAUAUUUACUUAAAUACAAACGGUUUGUCGGUAA